CUUUGCUCCUGCGGGUAUACCGUAUACCCGCGUAAUCCGCGGAGGCCUACCCGCGAUGACACGGAAUGUCUAUACCCACGAAGAACAAACUUCAGUUUGCGCAGGUAUCCGCGGGUAUACCCGCACUCAUAUUUAUUGGUAACCAAUAUGUGCCGCCCAUCAACUUUCAUACUUUCGGAACGCUUAUUUGGGAAAAGCCAAACGUCGCACGGAUAGGGGUGCGAAUAACGCGCCAUCGUUUCCCGCUCCAGCGCGGUGUUGACCAGUGUUGACAAGUUUCCUGUGCUUUGCAAAAGCAAUGUCCACAAGCCGUGAGAUGAUAAAGGAUGAAUCGAACAGUACCAAGUCUUCUGUUUUACAUGGAACUAUUGUGGGGGACAUGACAUCCAGCUAUCCAGAAAAGAUGGCUGAGGAUGCUUCACUCUGCAUCAAGGAAGAGCCACUAGACACAAGUUUCUCUUCCUUACCAGAGAGCACCGAGCAGCUUGCAACAGGCCCCACAGUGGCUGCAAGUGGUCCCAUCUGCGUCAAGACAGAGCCCUACAACACCACCUCAUCUGUUUUAUUGAGUAGCCACAGAAACGAGGACGGAGUUGCUGCAAAAGACCAUUCAGGGAUUGGGGUAGGUGUGUAUCUCAUUCAAGACAAACUCCAAGAGUCCAGGGGAGCUCUGAGUUCAAGCUUGAGAGCUUCAAAUGUGUCGUUAGCAGAUGGACUUGCACUUCCUCUCGACAGUGAUAACAAUGCCACUGUGAUGAGUGGUCUUGCUGAAGUAAGGUCUGAGGAUGAUGAAAUGCCAUUCUUUACUGAACGGGGACGGAUGAGAGAGGGGUACAGUGCUGACUUGCUUAGAGUGUCUAACCACGAAACAUUUAAACAUGGAAAAGAGAGGCCAUGGAAGCCUUACAAAUGUAAACUUGGUUCCACAUCAUUAUCUCAGGACCUCUAUGGACAGGCAGGACCACACAAACGGAGGAUGCCAUUCAAAUGCGACACAUGUACAGCUGCAUUUACUCGCCUUGCGCUACUUAAACGACAUUUGGUGGUGCACACAGGGGAGAAGCCUUACAAAUGUAAUCUCUGUCCUGCUGAAUUUACUCAAGCACCAAGUCUGAAACGUCACACACAAACGCACACUGGCAAGAGGAUGCACAAGUGUGAGCUCUGUCCUGCGGCAUUCAUUCAGCACACAAAUCUGAAACGACAUGUGCAAACACACACGGGAGAGAAGCCGUACAAAUGUGAAGGCUGUCCUGCAGUGUUUGCCCACCCUACCACUCUUAAAUACCAUGUACAAACACAUACCAAAGAGAAACCCUGCAAGUGCGAACUCUGCCCUGCCGCGUUUGGUCGACCUUGGUCACUUAAGAGGCACAUGCUGAGGCACACGGGAGAGAAGUUGUACAAGUGUGAACUGUGUGCUGCUGAAUUCAGAUACCCUUCAAAUCUCAAAUCUCAUCUACAUACACACACUGGGGAGAAGCCAUACAAAUGUAAAUUCUGUCCCGCAAAAUUUGCUCAGUGUGCAAGCCUGAAAAAUCAUAUGCCGACACACACUGGACAGAAGCCAUUCAAAUGUGAAUUCUGUCAUGCAGCGUUCACGAGAUCUUCAGGUCUGAAAUCUCACACACUAACACACACACUAAAAAGAAAUACAAAGGUGAACACUGUCCUGCACGAUACACUCAUUCUGGGUGUGUGAAAUCUGUGUACAUGUGGGCAGUGGACAGAGAGGUCGCACAAGAGUGAACUCGGCUUUGAGGCAUUUGCUGAGUCAGCAAAUUGUAGGUGUGGGUGGCGCUAGGAGACAGCAGCACGAUAUGCAGUACUCUUCACAAACCGCAGUGAAAACCGCGGUAAAGACGGGAGAGUAGCAACACAGCCAGAGGCAGAGAGCGAGGCAGGUGUUGUUACAGUUGAGGGAGUAGAUAGUUCAGUAAUUCACAAAAAUCUGCAGUGGAUGAUCUCAUCUAAGGAAUAAAGCAGUUUCUUAGAUAAGUA